AUGGCCACGGAUGAGAUACCCCAGACCGCCGUCCCCGGCAAAGCAUUGGGUCCGACCUCCCGCUACGUUGCCGGCCCCGGAACGCACAUCUACAAUGGCAACGUCGUGGCCUCGCUGAUGGGCAAGGUGAAGGUGACCCCUUCCGCCAAGGCUUCAACUGGACCCGCGAAGCGCCUCACUCGCAUCACGGCCCUUCCCGCAGAUGAGCUGCCCACGCUUUCUGUGGUCCCUCGCCAGGCGCAAGCCAACGGCGACAAGAAGCGCGAGGUGCUUCCCGACGUUGGAAACGUGGUCCUCUGUCGUGUGGUGCGCUUGAUGCCGAAGCAGGCCAUCGUGACGAUCCAGCAGGUCGGUGACACGGUCUUGCAGACGGAGUGGCAGGGCGUCAUCCGCUCUCAAGAUGUGCGGGCGACCGAGAAGGACAAGGUCAAGAUCUAUGAGAGCUUCAAGCCUGGCGAUAUCGUGCGGGCGCAGGUGAUUUCUCUUGGAGACCAGGCAAACUACUAUCUCUCCACGGCAAGCAAUGAGCUGGGCGUCAUCAUGGCCACCAGCGAGGCUGGCAACGAUAUGGUGCCGGUCAGCUGGAAAGAGUACAAGGACCCGGAGACGGGCAUCGGAGAGCCGCGCAAGGUGGCCAAGCCGAACUGA